AGACACAUCACCGCACCUUCCUCCCCUUUCCUCUCCCACCACUUUCGUCUUCUCUCCCCCCGAUCUCUCUCUCGAUCUCCGGCGGGGUCAACGGCGAGGACUCCGCCGCCGUCCGCGGGGACCAUGGACGGCAUCGAGGGGCUCCUGGCGAGCAACUUCGGCGUGCGGCCGCAGGGCAAGGCGGCGCCCAUGGCCGCCGCUGCCUCCUCCUCCCGCGGCGGCAGCAGCAGUGGAUCCGCCUGGCCCAACCCCAGAUCCACCCCCGCCUCCGCCCCGUCCUACGACGACCUCUUCGGCGCCCCCGUCCCCGUCCCCGCCCCCGCCUCCGCCGCCGCGUCAAGCCCGUCCCUCGACUCGCUGUUCGACUCGUUCAAGCCCCCCGCGCCGUCGUCGUCUUCGGCGGCGGCGGCGAGGAGCAAGCCGGCGUUCGACGACGACGACAUCUUCUCCGCGGUCCCCGGGCUGAGGCCCACCAACUCGGCGUCCUCCGCCACGCGGUACGACGGCGACGACGUGUUCGGGGCCGGGACGGCGGGCCCCGUGUACGACGACGUGUUCGUGAGCAGCAACCCGCGCUCUGCGCCGCAGCAUUCCUCGUACGACGACUUGCUCGGGGGGCUCGCGGGGAGGCCCCGGGCGGAGGAGAGGAAGGGGUCGGUGGCGGUCGAGGACGACGACCUGCUCGGUGGGUUCGGGAUGAUGCCACCGCCGGCCUCGGAGAAGAAGAAGCCGGUGGUGGCGGAGGAGGACAGCCAGGGGAGCAACGGGUUCGAUGAUCUGAUCCCGGGGUUCGCUAGCACCAGCCCGCCCAAGAGUAGGAAGAUUGACGAUGAUAACAAAAAGAAGCCAGCAGUUCCAACUUCAAAAUCAACACCCAACAAGAAUUUUGACAGUACUGCUGAUGAUGAGAGUCUAUUUGAUGAUUCAAGUACUUUUGACCAGGUCCCGAAAUCAGAUCCUUUGUUUACCUCUGAAAUCAAUGGUACCAAGGAUAGUCACCAAAACUCAAACUCUGUACAAAGUUCAGUGAAUAGAAAUCCAGCUAGCAGAUCUUCUUUGGAGGACUUCGGAGAUGUGAUGCCUAAAUCACAGUCUACAAGGUACUCUGAUAUUCAUGUUGACGACAGUUCAGAGAGAUAUAGUGGUAACAGUAUGGAAGAUCAGUCACCAAUAUCUACUGAAUCCGAAGAUGAUAUAUGGCUUACAGUUUCUGAGAUCCCCCUCUUCACACGGCCAACCAGUGCUCCGCCACCUUCCAGGUCACCACCUCGUCUUAAGCAAAAAUCUCUUGGUGCAAAAGCAAAUGGAAAGUAUGAUGAGUAUGUGACACAGUCUACUCAAAGUCGUAACCAUUACAAAGAUUUGCCAAAGCAAGCUGAUAUUUCUUCAACAAGUGAAUGGGGAGGUGUUGCCAUGGACAAGCCUCAAAUGCCUGCUAAUUAUGAUAACAAUUCUUUUGAUGAUGAUGAAGAGUUUAAUACAAAUUCAGCAGCUCGUGAAGAGGCAGAAAGCCAGGAAAGGUUGGAACAGGCACAGGAAAUGAGACAAAGGGAGGAACAGAGAAGACUUGAGAAGGAGAGAGAAUUGGAACAGCAGAGAGAGAAACAAGCUGUCGAGAGGGCUACAAAGGAGGCACGUGAUAGAGCAGCCGCUGAAGCUCGUGCAAAAGCUGAAAGGGAUGCCCGCCAACGCUCACAGCGUGCUGCUGUGCAGAGGGCUCAUCAGGAAGCUCGUGAGAGAGCUGCAGCUGAGGCUAAAGAGAGAGUUGCAAGGGCCGCUGCAGAAGAAAGGGAGAGAGCUGCUACUGAAGCCAAGGAAAGGGAGAGGGCUGCUGCUGAAGCCAAGGAAAGGGAGAGGACUGUGUCUAGGGACAAGGCUGCGGCAGAAAGAGCUGCUGUUGAAAGAGUUCAGCAAGAAGCAAGGAAGAGAGCUGAGCGAGCUGCGACGGAAAGAGCUGCUGCUGAGGCUCGAGAAAGGCAUGCUGCUGCAGCUGCAGCUGCUGCAAAAGAAAAACAAAGCACACCAGUGGAUGUUGAGUCUUUCUUUCGUGAUAGUGCACCAAAGCAGAGGGCCCCAACAGUGGAUUCUACGUUUGAUCCCCAACCUCGAGGUAGAGGAACAGUUAAUGGAUCACAAAGAGCAGCCCCUACGUCAGCAUCUACGAGAAAAGCAAACACGUCAUCGGCCACAAAUAUGGAUAAUCUAUUUAACUUAUUUGAUGAUCAAGUCCCUGCAUCAUCUAAUGUAUUUCAAGAUGUUGAGGGAGAGAGUGAAGAAAGGAGACGUGCGAGGUUAGAACGUCAUCAGAGGACCAAUGAACGAGUGGAAAAAGCUUUGGCUGAGAAGAAUGAGCGAGAUAUGCAGGUUCAGAGGGAACAAGCAGAAAGAGAUAGAAUUGGUGACUCUUUAGACUUUGAAAUCAAGAGAUGGGCUGCUGGAAAAGAGGGCAACUUACGUGCUUUAUUAUCAACUCUGCAAUAUAUACUUUGGCCAGCUUGUGGAUGGCAAGCUGUAUCCUUGACCGAUUUGAUUACUGGAGCUGCUGUUAAAAAGCAGUACAGAAAGGCGACGUUAUGCAUCCAUCCUGAUAAGGUCCAACAGAAGGGUGCAACUCUUCAACAGAAAUAUAUUGCUGAGAAGGUCUUUGAUAUACUUAAGGAGGCAUGGAACAAAUUCAACUCUGAAGAGCUCUUUUAAGCCAUCCUAGUGAAUGUACAGCCAGCUUAUUUGUACCCACAUGAAGCCCUGGAGAAAGGAUUAAGACGCAGCUGAUCUUGGCGUCCAAAAGAAACAGUGCAGUAAUCGGGUAGUUAUCACUGUAUAAUAUGCUAUGUUCAACUGCUCCGACCCUUAAAUUUUGUGCUGUCUUUGUCGGCACAACAUAUCUGAGACUUCAACGUUCAACAACUAUAGUGUUCAAGGGCAAACGGUGAGAUUUCUUUUAGAUGGUUUUUACAGCAUGUCAUGCCUGGGAAGGCCAAGAUUACAUGUAUUUCUUCCAUACCAUUUUGUUUAUAAAUUGGACCACAGAAUGUCAAAACCACAGUUUGUGCUUUGCUUUAGCUCUGAUCUUACGGAAAAACAGAAGUACAAUCUUGGUUAGCCUUUCAUUAUUAUCAUUAUUGUACACUGUACAGCUUGUACUAUUAAUUUGGAACAGGAUUUGCACUACUGUC